AUGCCUUCCCUCGUCCUCCCCGUCCUGCUGGUCUCAUCCGCUAUCGCUGGUGCCCAAUUGACUUUCAAUGAACCAGCGGGCAGCUAUUCGACAAAGACUUAUGCCGUCCCCGCUGUCGAGACGGAACACAGACCCAACACCGACUACUCAGACCAAGCAUUGGCCUUCUUGUGGGAUCAGGUAGGACCCAUCUCCACUGGUCCUGUCACCACAACCGUCCAGCCUACGCCCGAGGCCACCGUGCACCCUGGCCCAGGACCCAUCCAUCCGCUCGUCCCAAGCUACGACGCGAACCUCACCAGCCUCAAGCUGCCCAAGGGGUUCAAAUGGGGCGUGUCUUCCUCCUCCUACCAGAUCGAGGGGGCUGCCGACGCCGAGGGCAAAGGCCCCAGCAUCUGGGAUCUUCUGUCUCACCGCGUCCCCAACUUCGUCGCCGACAACACCACCGGCGACGUUGUGGCCAGCCAUUACUGGCUAUACAAGCAGGACAUCGCGCGUCUGAAGAGCCUAGGGAUCCCGUCAUUCAGCCCCAGUAUCAGCUGGCCGCGUCUCUUUCCCUUCGGCAAGGGCCCCGUCAACCAGCAGGCCGUGGCUCACUACGACGAUGUGAUUUCGGAAAUGGUAGCCAACGGCAUCAAGCCGAAGGUGACCUUGUUCCAUUGGGAAACGCCAUUGGCUCUCUUCAACGAGUAUGGGGCGUGGACCUCGCCGGAAGUCGUUGAUGAUUUUUUCAACUAUGCCAAGUUCGUCAUCUCCCGGUAUGACGAGUACGUCGAGGAUUGGUUCACUAUCAACGAGCCGCAAUACUGCAAUUGGCAGUAUUCCGUCUACCCUGCUGGCGACUACUAUCCCGCAUACAACAACUAUACUGGAGGCCUGCCGACCCGCUUCAUCUGUGGCCACUAUACCCUGCUCGCUCACGCAAAGGUAGCGAAAUGGUACAAGGAGGAAUUCAAGGGCACCGGCAAGAUAACUUUCAAGAACUCUGGAAACUACUUCCAACCAAAUACCUCCUCCGAGGCAGACGCUCUUGCAGUCCAGCGCAGCUUUGAUUUUGUGCUUGGCUGGUUUAGCGGACCCUGGACAGAUGGCGACUACCCCCAAUCUCUGAAAGAUACUCUAGGCGAUAUCCUCCCAGAGUACACACAGGAGGAGAAGGAUUUGAUCAAGGGCUCGUGCGAUUACUUUGCCAUCGACGGCUACUCAUCUUACAUCGCAUAUGCCAUUGAUGACUACGAAAGCUGCAUCACAAACUCGUCCCACUCUGCGUACCCUACCUGUGCGGGCAGCACCAACGUUGCACCAGACGGCUUCCCUCUUGCUCCUGCUGCCGAUCCCGGAGUUUCUUGGUUGAUCGAUGCGCCGCAAGGGCUGCGUCGAUUCCUUUCCAAGAUCACGAAGGACCUUUACCCCUCUGUCAAUGAGAUCAUGGUGACCGAGUUUGGGUUUGCGGAACCCUUCGAGUCCCAGCUCGACGAUCUCAGCACCAUCCUUUGGGAUAUUCGACGCGCUGACUACUUCCAGUCCUAUCUGGACGCCAUCCUCCAGUCGAUCCACUAUGAUGGGGUGAACGUGACGGGCGCCUUUGGUUGGGCUAUCUUCGACAACUUUGAAUGGCUGGUUGGUCUUAACACUAGAUUUGGGCUUCAGUAUGUCAACUACACCGACUUGACGAGGACGCCGAAGGCUAGCAUGUUCCAGUUCGUCAACUGGUUCAAACAACAUGAGUAUGGGGACGAGCCGUCCAACACAACAGUCAAGCUAUUGUAG